AUGUAGCAUACAAAAUUGCAUUCUAAUCACUUAUAAUUAGUUGAAGUGUUAUACACUUUAUCUUGAUUAUUCUAUACAUCUUUCAGUGGUAGACAUAUUCUUAUAAAAUCUGUAAUAUGUCGCCAAAAUUAUACAAAAGAAUACUUCCAGUCUCAGUGGAAACCGUCGUAACAUGACUAGUCUUAAAUGGCAUCCAAUUUUAUAAUACUGAUACAAGUUACAAUGUCCAUUUAACUAUUAAAACAAUUAUCAGACAUUGAAAAAUUAUUAUUAAAAAAUGUUUCUAGUGGGAUUGACAGGUGGAAUAGCAACUGGAAAAAGUACUGUUGCUGCAAUUUUCCGAGAACAUGGAAUACCUGUCAUUGAUGCUGAUCAAAUUGCAAGAAAAGUUGUGGAACCAGGGAAACCAGCAUGGCACAAAAUAAAAAAAGAAUUUGGCCCAGAAGUAUUCUUAGAUACAGAUGAACUUGACAGAACUAAACUUGGUGACUUAAUAUUUAACGAUGUAAAUAAGAGAAAAAAAUUAAAUGCUAUCACUCAUCCAGAUAUAUACAGAGAAAUAUACUGGCAAACACUUAAAUAUUUUCUACAAGGUCACCAAUUUGUAGUUAUGGAUCUACCAUUACUUUUUGAAACAGGACAUAUGUUAAAUUACUUAUAUAAAAUAAUUGUUGUAACUUGUGAAGAAGAUUUGCAAUUGCAACGACUUAUGGAAAGAACAGGUUUCACAGAAGCUAAAGCAAAAUUAAGAGUUGCUGCACAAAUGUCAUUAGAAAAGAAAGCAGAAAUGGCAAACUUUGUUAUUGAAAAUUCUGGUAGUGACCGUGAUACCAGAGAACAAACUAUUAGAGUCAUUAAUGUCUUAAAAGCUUCCAAGCGUCAUUGGAAAUUGCGUUUUAUAGUUGGAUUUUGUUGCACUGUUUUAAUAGCAGGUGUAUACUGGAUAAAAAACAAAAAUUUUCGACCAUUGCCAGUUACAGCAUAAAAGAUAAUUAAUUUUUCUGUGAUAAUACAUAUCUUUUGCUCUUUACUGUUUUUUUAUAAAGUAAAAUAUAUCAGUAUCAGAUGUAACAUUUUAAUUAAUUUCUGUUUUACAUAUUUGAACUUAUAGGAUAAUAUUAAUAGACACAGCUGUGUUACACAAAUUUUGUACAAAGAAAAAGUUUAUAUCUAGUAAAUAAAUAUAUAGAUGUUUAAAAUAUUGAACAUGAAAAAUACUUAUAUGCAUAAAUGAAAUGUUUAUAAUGGUGUAAUAAUGGUGUUAUUCAGAAUAUGUUUUGAAGUUAAAAAUUAAUGCCUUAAUAAACAUAAGUUUGUAAAAAAUAAUCAGUUUCCAAGUAUUGGUUCUUUUAAUUUGUACGAUUACAAAACUAAUUCACGAUAAAAUGUAUUCAGUUUCAUGUUUUCAUUAACUCUCUUGUUAGUAAAGACAGUAAUUAUCAUCAACUAUAUAUUGCUACCUAAAGGUAACUGUAAUCGUUUACCACUAAACGUUUCUUACAACAUAAAAGUAGUUACAAUUUAUCGGUAUCCAACGAUACGAUAAAUUUCCUUCACUUUCAAUAUCGCGUGAUUAAAUCGCGCAUACCGAAUAGUAUUUUGCCGAAGAUUGGUACUUUCUAAUUAUUAAUGAAACACAUAAAGUCAAAUAAUUAAACUUAUAUCGAAACAGCUUAAAUACAAAAGCAGUAUGAUUGAUAUCAUUUAAACAACACAUAUAUUUACAGAUCUAAAUAUUAAUUAUAUUAUUUUUUUAAGAAAAAAUGUUAAACUAAGUAAAACUGAGAAUAUAUCUCAUAUUUUUUAAUAAUUUUUUAAAUGAGAUGGAAUACUAGGAAAAAGUAAAUUUUACUUAUAAUAAAUACCUAAAAUAUUAAUUUAAAAAAGUGAAGUAUAAACACUGUUCUUGAUGAAGUUAAGAUAAGGAGAGCAUUUAUCCUUUUAAUGAAGUGCUUAUUAACAUAAAGUUAUACAUAAAAGAUUACACAUUUGUAUGCAUAUAUAAAAUACAUGAGUACUUAUUGCUCAAUUUCUUAUACUAAUUGCACAAAAUAUAUACAGUGAAUAAACAUUAUUGGUAAUCAUGACUGAUAGCAUGACUCAAAAGAAUAUAUGUUUAUUUUGUUUACAGGAUUCACAUGAUAAGUUUGUGUACCUGAUUCUUUAUGCACGGGCCAGGUUUAAAUUCAUAGUUUCUAUUUUCCAUCACCUGAACCCAAAGCCAUUUACUUAAGUAAAUUGUAAAAACAAAAAAGACCACAAUAAGUACUUAAUUUAUUAAAGUAUUCAUUAUUUUAUAAGAAUAUUUAACUUAUCUAUUAAAAAUGGAAGUAUAAAAAUUUUGUUUAAAAAACGAGGAAGCAACAAAAUACUAUUUACAGCGUCGCGUACAGAACAGUCGCAAGGUUCACCACUAUUUUCAAAGCAACGGUAAACCUUAACUUUUACUGUAACUUGAACUUUUAUUAUAAUUCAUUUACAUAAUUCACCCUAUUUUGUACUUAUUUUAAUAUAUUAUCCUAAAAAGAGUCGAUUCUUAUCUACGUUCAUUUACAAUGUUUAGUUUGACUCGUAUCUGGUUAUCCUUCCAACAAUACAAAAAGUUAGCUACAAAAUUAUUUUUAUCUCCAUCGUAUUUAGAAUAUUUAAAAAAGAAUAGUAGAAUAUUAUUUGUCACCAUCUUCCAUGGUUCUAGACCAAUAUCCUUAUUACUCUAAAUUUAUACACAAUUUGGACAAACAUUGUGCUGCAUAUAUUAAUAUAGUUAACGUUUACCUUUUUGCAAGGUAAAUUACUGGAAAAAGAACAGAAGUGCAUUCGAAUGACUCCAAUAAAGGCAUAUUAUUUACGCCAUACUGCCAAAAAAACAGUCAUGAUCAUUACGUUUGUCCUGUACGAAGAUUACUACAAAUUCCUACCUAAAGACCUAUAGUAUUAUGUUAUUCAUUGAACAUUUCCAACAUUGUACUUCACUAAAGAAUAUAUUUUGCUUUAAUUCAUUUAUAUUUCCUGUAUUUUUUGUAUUCACCAUUCAUAUUGAAAGAAACAAUAUAAAUAUGGUAUUAGUUUGAAAGACUGAACGCAGAAGAUGGUAUUCUUGACU